AUGGCACCCAAGAAAGAGAAAGGCGGGACAACCACCACCAGCUCUAAGAUAUGGGAACCCUCGCUCAUAGCUGCACAAUUCAACCAGAACGACUGGAAGGGCUCCAUCGCUUUUGUCGUUGGAAACCGGCUCGAGGACGAGGUUCUCAUUCGCGCUCUCACCCUCGCUGUCCAAGUCCGUCAGCGCAGACUCUUCAGUGCGGUCUCCUGGCAAGACAUCGUCCACCAGGUCAAUGGAUCAAGUGCAAUUUUUGGAAGUACAUCUAAAAAGGCAAAGAAACCUCUAAGUGGUAAUGCUCCCUUGUAUUAUGAGGUGUUAACGGCAGCAAAAGCAAUUAUGGACAGCGGAGAGAAAUUAACCUUACCACUGAUAGGGAAACUCUUGAAAUUUCAGCUUCUUCAGAUUAAGUUGAAAGACCAACAGCGACGGGAAAGCGAGAAGAAGGUCAUAGAAGACAGAUUUAAGAUAGAAAAGGAUAAAGUGAAAGCAAAAUCUCCCAAGGAGAAGAAGUCCCCAUCUGCCAAGGUUGCCAAAGGAAAGGGAAAGGACCAGCCAGAGGCAAACAUUGCCGUGAAAAAGACCACCCAGUUAGUGAGGAGGGGAGAAGAGGAUGACACCAAACAAUACAUUGACGACGAGCCAGAUGACGGUGCCCAGCAUUACUUUAUAGUCGUGGGCUUCAACAAUCCUCAGCUAUUAGCGAUCAUGACGGAGCUUGGCAUUCCCAUAAGCAGCGUGAUUAAAAUAGCUUCAGAGAAUUAUGAACCUCUGCAGACACACCUGGCAGCAGUUAGCCAACAGCAGGAAAGUUUUCUUCAGCCAGAAGAAAUAGAAGCUGAAAAACUGAAGAAAGAGAAUGGCAUAAAAGAACUUGAAAUCUUCUGGAAGUACUUGGAACCAAUCCUGAAUAACCAGAAACCAGAAACAAAUCUCUUUGAUGUCGCUCGGCUUGAAUACACGAUCAAGGCUGACAAGUUUCCUUCUGACUGGUCAGACAGCGAGAUGUUGCUGGAAUUGGGCACCGAAAUUUUUGAAAAUGUUGCCUGUUUGAUGUACGACACCCUGGAUUGGAAAAGGCAGCACCAGCACUAUUUGGAAAGCAUGCAGCUUAUUAACGUCCCACAGGUGGUUAGUGAGAAGCCUAUCUUUGAAGUGACGGUGAUUCCUGAGCCUCCACAACCUGUUGUCACAAUCCCUGGAAAGAAGAAAACACAACAAUAUGAAGAGCCACAAAUCCCAGCUCCUCCUCCACCAACACUGCUACCACCACAACCAGUGGCUUCCAUCAUCACAAAGGAAGUAGACCUGAGAUACUACAAUGAUUUGCUAAAUCCCAUUCCAGAGGAAUUCAUUUCUGUGCCCUUGAUACUGCACUGUAUGCUGGAACAGGUUGUGGCAAGUGAAGAAGAUCUUGUCCCACCAAGUCUGGUGGAGCCGCCUCCCAGGGCAGAUGGGUUGGACUACAGGAUAGCAGCUCACAUCGUAUCCAUCCUGCCCUCUCUCUGUCUGACAGAGAGGGAGAAAAAGAAUCUCCGUGAAAUAUUCUUACCUGAAGAAGAAAAUGAAAGCGAACCAGUGCCCACAGGCCCUCUCCUACUUAACUAUCACGAUGCCCAUGCCCACAGGAAGUACGUGCUAAAGGACCUAAAGAAUUUUGAUCCAGUUCAAAUUGAACAAGAGAUGCAGUCCAAGUUGCCACUGUGGGAAUUCCUUAAAUUCCCUCUGCCCCCGCCAUGGAAUAGCACAAAGCGUCUAGCUACAAUUCAUGAGCUCAUGCACUUUUGUACAAAUGAAGUCUUGAACUGGAAUGAAGUAGAACGAGCCUUCAAAGUGUUUACUUUUGAGAGCCUGAAACUCUCUGAGGUUGAUGAAGAUGGGAAUCUAAAGCGUUCUAGGAUGAUGUAUGGGACAGGUUCUGAGAUGUUCAACAUACCAUGGGACAACCCUUCCAGAUUUGCUAAACAGAUAAGGCAACAAUACAUCAUGAACAUGAAUACCCAAGAAGCCAAACAGCAAACAGGUACACUGCCUGGAGGGAAAAAAAGGCAUUCUUGCAAGAAUACUGGAGUGUGUUCCAGGAGUGAGUUACCAUUUCCUUGUCCAAGGGAUCUUCCCAACCCAGGGAUCAAAACUGUGUCUCCUGCGUUGAAACCAAAGAAGAUGACUGUAGAAGCCGAGUUAGACGACAUAAAGAAAACCCAGCAACGCAAUCUAAUGGACUGGAGUUUUACUGAACAUUUUAAACCAAAAGUUCUGCUUCAGGUUCUUCAAGAAGCCGAUCAGCAAUACAGGUGUAUUGAUUCUUAUUACCAUACACAAGACAACUCUUUACUGUUGGUCUUUCAUAACCCAAUGAAUCUACAGCGUCUGCGUCAUGAACACUGGAACGUUGGCCUUCACUCUAAUGUUGGAUUCAGAAAUUAUUUGGAACUUGUUGCAAAAUCCAUUCAAGACUGGAUCAUAAAAGAAGAAGCUCUAUAUCAGGAAACUAAAAUGUCUGAUGAAAUCAAUAAAGCCAAGUAUGAGCUGGAAAUAAAAUCUUCUGCUGGUAACAAAGGAAUGAGCAAAACAGAAAUAUCAGAUCAAGAAAAAGACAAAGAAAAAGAGAAGGAAAAGAUUCAUUUUGUUUUAGAAGGCUCUCUCAAGGCCUGGAAAGAAGAACAAGAUCGGUUAGCUGAAGAGGAACGCUUAAAGGAAGAAAAAAAAGCAGAAAAGAAGAGUAAGGAGGCUGGUAAAAAGAAAGGCAAGGAAAAACCAGAAAAAGAAGAUAGUAAGAUUUUCAAGAAAAAAUCUUUUAUAAGGGAGAAAUCGAAAGAAGAGCAAAUGAAGGUCCCGGAAAUAACAGAGGAGCCCCUCCAGGAACCAGAACCUGAGAUAGUUUACCCGUUUCAUGGAUACAACAUGGGAGAAAUACCCGUGCAAAUCUCAGGAACAAAUUAUUAUCUGUAUCCUUCUGAUGGAGGGCAGAUUGAAGUAGAAAAGACAACAUUUGAAAAAGGUCCAACAUUUAUCAAAGUGAAAGUAAAAAAGGACAAGCACAAUUUUUUAAUUCACUUAAGAGACCCUAGGAAAAUUGUGGAACAGGAGAAAAAAGAAGGGGAUUAUACUUCAGAAGAUGAGAAAGAAGAAAGAGAAGGACAGCAAAACUUUGAAGCAGAAGAAUCAAAUGAAGAGAAUAAAGCUGUCAGCAAGUUUGGAUCUUUUUCUGCCACCUUGGAAAAUGGAAUCUGCCUCUCAAUAAGUUACUAUGGAUCAAGUGGAUCAGCACCAGAGGAUAAGGAUCCUAACUUGGAAUCUAUGUUGAAUAUCCCAUCAGUACAUACUCCAACAGUGAUUCCUGUUAUAGUGAGUAUUCCUCAAGGCAAAGGCAAAGGUAAAACAAAAGGGAAGGAAAAACCCAAAGACUCUCUUAAAGAAGAGGAGCGCCCAAAAGAAGAAGAGAAAAAGGAAGUAGAAGAACCGGAGCCUGUUUUACAAGAGACUGCUCGUGUUCCCAUCUUCCAAAACCUGAAUGUGUCUUGCCCCAAUGGGCUCCAAGUAACCUUCAUGGGGCGAGAGUCCCCAGAUCAAUGUAUUGUAGAUGAGGAACCCACUUGGGAUAUCAUGGUCCGACAGAACUACCCCCAGAAGGUGAAGCACUAUGAGUUCUACAAAAUGGUGAUGCCACCGCUGGAGCAGGAAGCAUCAAGAGUUAUCACCAGUCAAGGCACUGUUGUCAAAUACAUGCUGGAUGGAUCCACACAGAUUCUCUUUGCAGAUGGGACUGUGAGCAGUAGUCCUGAUUCAGGGCCUGUCAGUCUUCCUACUGACAUGCCAGCCAGCGCUCACAGUGCUGACUUGAUGGACACGCUUUCUCAGCAGAAAUCAGAAACAGCACCAUCAGAGACUGUCAUCACAAAGAAAGGAAAAAUUCAGAAAAAUCAGUCAUCUAUGGCACAUAAAAAUGAAAGCCAUGAACCUCCCCCAGAAACAGUUCAAACAAUAACUCCUAUGGAUGUUCACUUAGGCACCUGGUUUACAACUACACCUCAAGGAAAUCGGAUUGGCACCAAAGGAUUAGAAAGAAUAGCAGACUUGGCCCCGUUUUUAUCCUUUAAAGCCACAGAUCCUGUCAAUGGAACGGUUAUGACAACUCGAGAAGACAAAGUGAUCAUCGUUGAAAAGAAAGAUGGUACUCGGAUAGUGGAUCAUGCUGAUGGUACCAGAAUCACAACCUUUUAUCAAGUUUAUGAAGAUCCGACUAUUUCUUCGGAGGAUCAAGAGACAGGUCCCCAGAGGAUCACCAGGCAGGUGAAGUGCAUGCGGAUUGAAAGCUCGCACUACGCCACUGUCAUCACCAACUGCGAGGACAGCAGCUGCUGUGCCACCUUUGGGGACGGGACGUCCAUCAUCGCAAAGCCACAGGGAACGUACCAGGUGUUACCUCCAAACACAGGCUGUCUUCAUAUUGAUAGGGAUUGUUCAGCUAUAUAUUGCCAUGAAUCAAGCAGUGACAUAUACCAUCCUUUUCAAAAACGUGAGCAGCUGAGAGCUAGCAGGUACAUCAUGAAACACACAUCAGAGGUUAUCUGCGAGGUCAUGGAUCCCGAAGGAAAUACCUUUCAGGUCAUGUCUGAUGGUAGUGUAUCAACCAUCCUACCUGAAAACAACUUGGAAGAUGAUUUAAAUGCAAAAGCUGAAGGUUAUGACAGUUUGUCAUCCACUCACCUUCAGAAGAAUCAUCUGCAAAUCUAUGGUGAACAUGUCCCCAGGUUUUUUGUUAUCUAUGCUGAUGGAUCAGGAGUGGAGCUUCUUCGGGACAGUGACAUAGAGGAGUACCUCUCCUUGGCAUAUGGAGAAUCAACUACCGUAGUUCUUCAAGAGCCAGUUCAGGAACAACCAGGUGCCCUGAGCAUUACCGUCCUUCGCCCUUUCCAUGAAGUGUCACCAUGGCUAAUGAAGCAAGAACUAGAUAAGAUUGUUCCUCCUAAUCUCCAGUCAAGGACAUGGGAAACUUUUCCCUCAGUUCAGAAAAAAACUCCAGGACCUCCGUUUGGCACUCAGAGUUGGAAGGGCCUUGACGUUGGCUCCAAACAGUUAGUGAACACUCCAGCCCCUAUACUGAAGAGCCCCAAUGUGCUACAGAUACGCCAGUUCAUCCAGCAUGAGGUCAUAAGGAAUGAGGUGAAACUGAAACUGCAGAUUUCCCUGAAGGAUUAUAUAAACCAUAUUCUAAAGAAAGAAGAUGAGUUGCAGGAAAUGACAGUUAAAGAUUCCAGAACUGAGGAGGAGAGAGGCAAUGCUGCAGAUCUCCUCAAGCUGGUUAUGUCUUUCCCUAAAAUGGAGGAAACUACAAAAAGUCAUGUUACUGAAGUUGCAGCCCACCUAGCUGAUUUAUUUAAGCAGUCUUUGGCUAAUGCUACAGAAUGUCCACCAGAAACCUUUGAGACAGAUUUCCUUGAAAAGAAAUUGAGGCACACAGAGACAACAAAGCACUGGAAAGAAAAGUUAGCUGAAAAGAGGAAGGAAAUUGAAAAAACACAGAACUAUCUAAAGGAAAUUAGGAGCAAAGUAGUAUCGCCCUACUUCAAAUCUGAACUGAGCCAGCUUUAUCAGUCUCAGUUUAAUUAUCUGGACACCCUUUCCAAAAACUUGCCUCCUUUUGCAAAGAAAGACGAGGAUGCAAGCAAAGAAGCCGCUCAAGAUACAUCCAGUCUUCCUCCAGAUUCCCAGAAAAAUAAAGUGUCAAAACAGGAAUCCUCAGAUACAUUUAGUGUUUCAAAAUCAGAGAACCUUGAGGAUACCAAGGAACCUGCUAGCCAAAAGCAAACUGAAAACUUAACUAUCAAAGAACCAGAAUCGUGUGUGCCUCUGAAAAUUCCAACCCAGUCAUUGCUGCAGGAUGUGGCAGGACAAGCAAGAAAAGAGAAAGUGAGGCUACCUCACUACUUGCUGAGUUCCAAGCCCAAGUCUCAGCCUCUCGCAAAGGGACAAGAUUCUGUUGGAGGAAGAGUGAGAACAUCCUCUGUGGCAUCUGCUGCCAUUAAUAAUAUAAAUGCAUCUCCCUUUGGAUUCCAUCUUCUCCCACCUGCAGUGAAAUUUGGAGUGCUCGAAGAAGGACACACCUAUGCCACCACCGUAAAGCUCAAGAAUGUUGGAGUAGACUUCUGCAGGUUUAGGGUGAAGCAGCCGCCACCCAGCACUGGACUGAAAGUGACUUACAAACCUGGACCCGUGGCAGCUGGUUUGCAGGCAGACCUGAAAGUGGAAUUAUUUGCCAUGGCUGUUGGGGAGGAUGGCGCCAAGGGAUUGGUACAUAUCUCUCACAAAAUAGAGAUUAUGACUGAGCAUGAUGUCCUGUUCUUACCUGUGGAAGCAAAUAUCCUUUAA